UCAGAAGAAGCCAAAAGCCUGCUGGAAGUUCCUGAGUGCAGUUCUAAUCUUGUUUGCAGUUAUUUCAAAGGGGAGAAAUCAUCUGGAUCAGAAUUACAAUGCUCUGGUUUCAAGGAAAUAGCAUGCAACUUGCCAAAUCCUCCUUUGGAGUCUUCUUGAGAAAUCUUUCUGCCUCUAAAACAGUUCUGCCUGUGCUGACUUUAUUCACAAAGGAUCCAUGCCCCCUUUGUGAUGAAGCCAAGGAAGUACUCAAGCCUUAUAAACACAGGUUUAUUUUACAGGAGGUGGACAUCACACUUCCAGAAAACUCUGCGUGGUAUGAAAGGUAUAAAUUUGAUAUUCCCGUCUUUCAUUUAAAUGGCCAGUUUCUGAUGAUGCAUCGAGUAAACACCUCCAAACUUGAAAAACAGCUCCUGAAACUUGAGCAGCAAAGUGCUGGAGACUAACUGAUGCCUUCCUGACUCUCUCUGUCCAUAAGGCAACUUCCUGGGGAAAUGGCCAUGGCCUCAUACUACUUUUGUCACUUUCACAGAGUCCUAAGGAUGUUCUGAACUCAGUGGUGCCAAAUAAAUGUUGACAUUCCUCUUCUGACUGAUGAAAGUACCAGUUUGGGAACUGUUCACCUAUUGGCAUUUCAUAAGAUAAGAGGCAGAGAGGCGAUGAUGGAAGGAGGGAAAAGUGCAUUUGUCUUAUUUAUUUUUCCCAUUUGUAUGAAUAUGGAAGCACUUCACAUUCACUGGACAGUGCCGUUCUAGGAAGAAAGCUCUGCAUUCCUGCUGCUGCCCUGGAGGGCUUAACUUUUUAAUAAAGGAAUAAAUGCUCUUCCACUCAGUUGA